CGCCAGUAGGGGACAGUAAGUAAAUCACCCGAGGUGGCACCAAGGAGCCGGGCGCGCUUGUAGAAGCCUCUAUUGCUGGAGCUCCUCCCCGCCGGUCCUUGACGGAUGAGGUAGCGACGGCGGCGACUACCACCACCACGACGGCCGCCUCCUUCUUUCAGCUUUCCUCAGUCCCUCAUCCCGGACUGGGUGUCCUCAUGGCUUCUCGCGGCGAGGACGAGGCGGUGCUGUUCAGACGGGGGGCCGGGCAGAGUGAUGAUUCUGAUAUAUGGGAUGAUACAGCACUUAUAAAAGCAUAUGAUAAAGCAGUUGCAUCCUUCAAGCAUGCUUUGAAGAAUGGUGACUGUUCAGAGCCUUUGGAUAAAACCGAGCAAAAUGCUGGGACAAAAAGAAAAAAUAACAAAAAGAACAAGACUAGGAAGAAAAGUAAUGCUACACCACAGAAACAGUGGAGAGUUAACGAUGCAUGCAGUGCAGUUUGGUCUGAAGAUGGCAAUGUGUACCAAGCAACUAUUACCUCAAUUAAUUGGAAGAAAGGGACUUGUAUAGUUAUCUAUACUGGAUAUGGAAAUAAAGAAGAGCAAAAUCUGGCAGAUCUGCUACCACCAAUCGAUACUGAGGGAACACAUGAGAGAAGUGCUACUGAGAAUGAAAAUGAGACUCAGUAUUCAACAGAUGAAAGUGACCUCUGUUUCCAGUCACCUGGAAACAAAUACAAUCGUACAAAAUCAGCACAAUGGAAUUCCCACUUUCCACCACCACCACCAGUACUGGGCUCUGGAAGGGGAGGCAUGAAAUUCAGUGGACCUCCACCAUUUUUAUCAGGCUGGCCUCCACCAUUUCCUUCAGGACCGCCGUUGAUACCACCUCCACCACCUUUUAGUCCAGAUUCUCCCGAUGAUGAUGAAGCACUGGGAAGUAUGUUAAUAGCCUGGUAUAUGAGUGGCUAUCACACUGGCUACUACCUGGGUCUAAAGCAGAGCCGAAUGGAAGCAACCUUGGGGAGACAUGGCCACUCUAAGUAGCUAUUGUGUAGACUACCUAAGGAAAUAACUUUCCUGCCCCCAGACCCUGCAAUGUCGUUUUCAUUAUAAUACUUCUGAACCAAAUCAAAGCUUGCAGUGUGAUCCUGCUAAGGAAGAAGAACCUUCGGUCUUCAAGAGAAACAACUCAUCAGUACAGGCCCAAAUUGAAGUUGUAACAUUCUUUCAUAGAAUGCUGUAACAAUCAUACAUGGACUGAAAUGGAGUAUAUAAUAAACCAGAAUAUUAUUAUCACUGUUUUCAUUGGUUAUCCAAAAUUAUAGCACAAUGAGAUUAAAUAUUUUGUAAAUUUGUAAUACAGGACAUGCAUUAGACUUUAAAUGUAUAAACUUUCUACAAUAAAAAGAAGGUAGUUUAGAAGUUGUUUUUUCAGAGUGGUAUUAGUCCUUCCUGAAAUUUGGGGACCUGGAAAAUGGUACUUCAUUACUGUUUCUGUAUUGUUGUCAAGCAUGCAGUUCCAUACAAAGAUGAAUUUAUAUAACAUUCACAGAUGGAAUUUGGUUUGGCAGCCCUUGGAAAAGAUUCAGCUAAGUUUUGGACAGUGGCUGCAAAAAGGAUGACAGGUUAUAACGAUGCCAUCAACAGUCAAAUUACUUCAACCUGAUGGUAAACCCAUUCUCUCUUAUAUGCGUGACUACACAGAGACCACAAAGAGCUGAAUGCCCAAAAUGCAAUUAACUCCACAUCAUGCAGUUUGACAGCUGAUAUACAACCAAUCUGUAACAAGCUUUAUCAUCUAGCAUUUUAGGAUAGUUCCAUCACUUAUCUGAAAAGACCAUGAUACAUAUUACUCAACUGAAUGAGAACUUACAGUUCAACAGAAGCAAAUUGCAUUAUUCAGCCAAAUGAAUAAACGGGAUAUUCUGUUCUUAGUAAGUAAGAGCUAAAAUUAAGAAUUUUCCAUAUACAGCAAGUUUUGAAGAGGUUUGUAAAGAAUGAAAAGGUGAACUAUACCUAGUGCUGUACAAGAUUUCUCAUUGGUUAAAUUUUUCUUUCAGAGAUCCAGUAGCUUUAGCACAGUAAAAUAUGGCAAAGUACCAGCUACAACAGAUCAUCGUAAAUGGACAUUAUAUGAGGCAUUUGCUACUAAUUAUUUUUACAAUUCUGAAAGUCCCUUUUUUAUUUUCCUGCCUACUCUGCUUUUCUUUGUGUUGGCUUUUUUAUUUUAAAUUGUAUAUUCUCCUUAUUUGUAUAGGUAGUUUCAGAAUAAACUGUGUUAAACAAAA